AUGAAGUGCUGCAUAUCGUGCCAGGAUCUCUACGACGAAGAUGACGCCGGCACGUGCAAGGAGUGCUACGAGGAGGCCAACGAGACCGAAGAGGAGCUGAAGCGCGAGAUCGACGAACUCAAGGCCAAGGUCGCCUUCCUCAAGUUCUGGUCCCCAACUCCCAGCGCUAGGUCUCACCCCGCUUCCUUCUCCGACGUCGUUUUGGUUGCCUCCGAGGAUGCCUCCGCGGGGGCCCCUGUACCCGUUCCGGCCCAUAAGGCCGUUUUGGUGAGCCGUUCUCCGGUGUUCAGAGCCAUGCUUGAGAAUGAGAUGGAAGAAAGCCUGAGUGGCACCAUUAAGAUUGGCGAUGUGUCCUACGAUGCCCUUCGCGCGUUUGUCAACUACCUGUACACAGCUGAGGUAUGCCUUGAUGAGGACAUGGCCUGCCACCUGCUAAUACUGGCUGAAAAAUACCAGGUGCAGCAUCUCAAGGACUAUUGUGAAAAGUUCUUGGUGUCCAAGCUGAACUGGGAAAAUUCAGUUAUGAGCUACACCUUUGGGCACCAGCACAAUGCCAAGCAUAUCAUCGACGCAGCCUUGACAUUGAUCACAGACAACAUGGACAAGCUUACUACCCGGGAGGAGUACGUGGAGCUAGUGGAGAAAGAUCCACGACUCGUAGUUGAAAUAUAUGAAGCUUAUCUCUCCAAACAGGUCAAUACUGCUGCCCAGAAAGAUUCUUCCCUGAAGACAUAG